UUUAGAAUAUAUUCUCUUUCCGCCUCUAAUGGUAUAAAGUUUUACGUAUGACUAUUUAUAAUGGACAAAGGCCAAUUUAUUGGUAGAACUGAACUGUUGGCGUGGCUAAAUAAAAUAUUAGAACUCAAAGUUGAGAAAAUCGAUCAAUGCAGUAAUGGAGCAAUAUAUUUGCAACUCAUAGAUACAGUAUACCAAAAUAAAAUACCAUUUGUAAGAAUCAAAUGGAAUUCUACACUAGAAUACGAACAUUUGUACAAUUACAAACUUCUACAAUCGGUGUUUAAGGAAUGUAACAUAGAUAAACAUAUACCAGUAGAAAAAUUAGUAAGAGGGAAAUACCAAGAAAAUUUGGAAUUUUUACAGUGGAUGAAGGAAUAUGUCGAGUCUCACCUUGACAAAAAUUUCAACUACAAUCCACAGUAUAAGAGAGUGUAUGGAAUCCUCAAGCUGCUCAUCUACAAUAACCGCCAAGUCAAUAUCGCAAAUGUUAAAAGCUUAUUGCCAAAGUGGGCUUGGUCAGAUUCAAUCACAAAUGACUACAUUUCAAAAGUUAAUAACAUUAUUCAAAUGGAGUCGGGACUAUCAAAUAAAAGCUUCGCACUUCCACCUCAAAUCUCAACACAAAGUCAAUCUAGUUUUAAUAAAUCUAGUCAAAAGUUGAAACCUCUUUCUUCCGAUGAAACAACGGGAAUUUGUGAACCGGAAAAACUACAACAACUUGACUCUCUAACCACAUUCAACGAAUCCUCCGCAGAAUUCGAUCCAACAUUUUUUAACAAAGAAGAAAAAUGCUUUAAUUAUCUAAAUAGAAACCAGACUCCAAAUAAAACAAUCCAGCAUCUCACUCAGCAAUUGAUUCAACAGAAAGAGGAGAUAUCAAUUUUGAAAAAGAAACUUAAGGAAAUUAGGAUGGAAUGCCAGAUUUCUAAUCUCAGCAAAGACUUUUAUUACAAUAAACUGAGGCAAAUAGAGAUACUUUGCCAGAAGAACCAGGGUAAGAAUGUCGACCCGAAACUGCUUUUUAACAUCAUGUACGCUAAUAAUUAAAAUGUUUAAGAUUAAUUUCAUACACACUUA